AUGGUAGGCGAUUGUGAGAGUAGGCAGAGCGUCGUCCAUCCCGCGAAUUUGUGGACUCUUUCCAAGAAAUUGUGGUGGAGAUGGUGGACGAGUGGGGAAGCUGCGAAGCACAAGAAGCAGAGAAGCGAAAGAAUGGCGGACACCACUGCUAUGAUUCCUGACGAUGUGUCGCCUCUGUUCUUCAGGGUGAGAAGUAGAGCAUUGACGAGCCAACAAACAGAGGAAAUCCCGCAGCUGCUAUGUAUUCCGCCCAAGCUCUGA